AUGGGAUGCCUGAAAACUCAAAGUCUUGAGCAACGCACGAGAACUUUUGAUCUUGGUGAGACGGCGGAGGUCCCAAGGCAGGACGAUAACCACAGCCCUAGGGACCACCAAGCAAGAGACAGAGAGCAGCCAGACACCCAGGGGAUAGAGCCAGUCCCAGAGGAGAGAGAGAGAAUGGAAGAACCCAGUCAAGAGUCAGGAGGGCCAGAAAGACCAGUAGAAACAGAGAGAGUAGGAAGACAGGAGCCUAGGAAGAGUCAGAUCAAGUGGCCUCCAAGCAAUGCAGAUAAAGCAUGGGAACAACUAGAUGAAGAUCUGGAGGGCAUCCUUGAAAGUGUUCUUGCGGGAAGCGUGGAGAGGAAGAUAGAGGCUAUGGCGGAGAUGGUCUAUAGUGUAGGAUUGGAACGGUUCGGUGAAAAGCCAUCAGGAGGCGGUAGGAAGAGAUCAGAGCAACCAAAUAGAAGAGAGAGGGAAAGACGGCAGAUAAGAAAGGACCUGAAGGCCCUGAGUAAUAGAUGGAAGAGGGCAGAGCAAUCGGAGAAAGAGGCCCUGAGCAAACUAAGGGAGGAUCUGAGAACUAGGCUGAAUAGUCUCAGCAAAGCAGAAAGAACUAGGAAAAAGAGGAAGGAGAGAGAAAGGAGACGAGCAGCGUUUAUUUCCAAUCCCUUCAGAUUCACCAAAAGGAUGCUAGGGACAAAGACUAGUGGAAAGCUGACCUGCAGCGUUGAGGAGGUGGAAGAUUACCUCAGGAUAACUCAUGGUGAUAGCAAUAGAGAGACAGAGAUAGGGGACUUAGAAGAGCUACAGGAUCCCCAGCCACCAACGCAGGAAAUGGACUGUAGUGAAAUAAAGUUGGCAGAAGUCAGGGCCAUAAUAAGAAAGGCAAGAGCGGGGUCGGCACCAGGUCCCAGUGGAACCACGUAUCAGGUAUACAAGAAGUGCCCCAAACUGACAAUACGUCUCUGGAAGCUAAUAAGGGUACUGUGGAGAAAGAGGAAAGUACCUAAUAGUUGGAAGAGAGCGGAAGGAGUCUUUUGCCCAAAACAAGAGAAUGCAGAGUCAAUAGGCCAAUUCAGAACAAUUUCGCUAUUGUCUGUAGAGGGAAAAGUGUUCUUUGCAAUUAUUGCUAGACGACUCCUGAACUACAUGAUGAGGAACCACUACAUCAACACAUCCAUACAGAAGGGAGGAGUGCCAGGCUUCUCUGGAUGCCUGGAGCAUACAAGCAUGCUGACUCAGAUGUUAGAGGAAGCCAGAGCAGGGAAGAAAGACUUGGCAAUUGUUUGGCUAGAUCUGGAAAAUGCAUAUGGAUCCGUCCCUCACCAGCUAAUAAAGACAGCACUAGCCAAGUAUCACAUCCCAGAACAAGCAAGGAGAGUAAUUACCCAGUACCUAGAUGGCCUGCAAAUCAGGCUCACUGUGAAUGGAAUGACUACAUCUUGGCAGAAUCUAGAGAGGGGAAUAGUGACCGGCUGCACAAUAUCUGUGAUUUUAUUCGUGGCAGCGAUGAAUCUGCUGAUCGAACCGUCGACAAGGCAGAGCCGAGGACCAAAGACAAGAUCAGGGGUAAGACAGCCACCAAUAAGAGCGUUCAUGGACGACUUGACCCUCUCAACAGAAAGCGUGCUGGGGGCAAGGCAUAUGCUGAGAAGCCUUGAUAGAGCAGCAACAUGGGCCAGGAUGCGGUUCAAGGCAAAGAAGUGCCGUAAGCUAGUGCUCAGGAAAGGAAAGCUGUGCGACAUGCUGCAGCUGGAAAUCCAGGGAGAGAAGAUCCCUUCUGUAUCUGACCAACCAGUGAAGAGCUUAGGGAAGAAAUUUGAUAAGACACUGGCAGAUGUGCAGAAUGUAAAGGAGUUCAGAAAGCAGGCAGGGGAAGGGCUAAGGAAGAUAGAGGAGAGCAACCUGCCAGGAAAAUACAAGUUAUGGUGCUAUCAGUAUGGACUUCUCCCGAGAUUGACAUGGCCAAUGACAAUGUACAACAUUCCCCUCACCACAAUGGAACAGGUAGAUAAGAAGAUCAGCAAGUACAUCAGGAAAUGGCUGGGAGUGCCUCCAGGCCUCACGAGUGUGGGGUUGUACAGUACCACAGCGAAGCUACAAUUGCCCCUAACCUCAGCACUGGAAGAGUACAAGGUGGCAAAAGUGAGGGCGCAGGCAACCCUGGAUAAUAGCAAAGAUGCAAUAGUCAGAGAGGCAGGGAUUAAGCUGAGAUCGGGAAGAAAGUGGUCAGUAGCAGAGGCGGCAGAGAGCGCCAGAAGUAGACUGAGGCACAAAGACAUUGUGGGAGUAGUUGCCCAGGGCAGGCUAGGUUUAGGAGCAGGGACAACUGCAGGCCAGAGAUGGAAAGAUGCUGCUCCCAUUGUAAGAAGGAAGAUGUUGCAGGGUGAGAUUAGACGACAGGAAGAAGAAAAGAGGAGGGCUCAGGCAGUUAGCCAGGGAGUACAGGGAGCCUGGGUAAAAUGGGAACAGGCUCGGGAGAGGAAGGUUACCUGGAAAGAACUCUGGUCCUGGGAACCGCUGAGGACACAAUUCCUCCUAAAGUCUGUUUAUGAUCUCUUACCCACCCCAGCAAACCUGAAGAGAUGGGGCAAGGAGAGUGAGGAGAAGUGCGUGCUAUGUGGGAAGAGAGGGACCUUAAGUCACCUGCUAACAGGAUGUGCCGUAGCCCUAGGGCAAGGAAGGUACAGAUGGAGACACGACAGAGUGCUGAGGGUACUAGCAGCCGCACUAGAGGAGAAGAGAGUACAGAUGAGUGGAAGAAAGCAGAGAAGGCUGAGAUUUGUGGAGUUCGUGAAAGAAGGAGGGAAAGGAAAGAGGAGGGGAAAGAGUGCAAUAGACGAAGGCUUAGGAAUCCUGGCCUCAGCAGGUGAUUGGGACCUACGGGUCGACCUGGACAGGAAACUAACCUUCCCAGAGGAGAUAACAACGACAAACCAGAGGCCAGACAUAGUGAUUCUGUCAGCCAAAACCAGACAGGUAGUCAUUAUGGAGCUCACUGUCCCUUGGGAAGACAGGAUGGAGGAAGCGUUUGAGAGGAAAGCUGAGAAGUACAACGAACUGAAACAGUCCUGCAUUGAGAAAGGGUGGAAAACCUGGUAUUACCCCAUAGAAGUAGGGUGCAGAGGCUUUGUAGGCCAGUCAACAUGGAGAGGGUUAGGAGCUGUAGGGAUUAAAGGAAGAAAGAGAAAAGUGGUCACCAAGAACUUGGCAGAAGCAGCCGAGGCGGCCUCAAGAUGGCUCUGGAUGAAAAGCAAGGAGCACACAUGGAAGAUCUAA